AAAUUAAAAAAAUCGGAUAAAUAAUUUAGCUAUUGGAAAAACUUUUAAAAGGGAAUCCAUUUUAAGUACUCUUAAAAUAUCAUGUUAUGCAUGAAAUAUAUGCAUCUUAAAAUACUAAAACAUGUUUUUUAUCUGUCAUUCUUAAUAUAUGUGGCUUAUUUCAGGUUUGCUAUGGAGAAUUUACUUCAUGCUAGGGAUAAAGUAGGUGUUCAAGACUUUGUUUUGUUGGAAGAUUUUAGAAAUGAAAAUGCAUUUGUGAAAAAUUUGGAGAAAAGAUUUCAAGAGAAUUUAAUUUAUACCUAUAUUGGACCUGUGGUUAUUUCUGUAAAUCCUUAUAAGAAUUUAGAUAUCUACAACAGUGAAGUCAUACAAGAAUAUCAAAAUGUUAACUUUUAUGAACUCCCCCCUCACAUCUUUGCCAUUGCGGAUACUGCUUUUCGACUAAUGAAGGAAGAAUGCAGGGAUCAGUGUAUUCUUAUUUCUGGUGAAAGUGGAGCUGGAAAGACGGAGGCAUCCAAAUAUUUGCUUCAAUACCUAGCUGCAGCAAGCCAUCAUACACCUUCUGUAGAGAAUGUGAAAGAUAAAUUGCUGCUAUCAAAUCCUAUCCUUGAGGCAUUUGGAAAUGCGAAAACAAAUCGAAAUGACAAUUCCAGUCGGUUUGGAAAAUACAUGGAUGUGGAAUUUGAUUACUUGGGAGCUCCUCUUGGUGGUCAUAUCUUGAAUUAUCUAUUGGAAAAAUCUAGAGUUGUCAAUCAAAAUCAGGGAGAGAGGAAUUUUCACAUUUUUUACCAACUUUUGUCUGGUGCUGAUGUGGAAUUACUAGAACAUUUGAAAUUACGCAGAGAUACAGCUGCGUAUUUUUAUUUGAAUCAGGGUUUUAAUAACAAAAUAAGAAAUUUUGAUGAUGCGGAUCAGUUUCAAGUUGUUCAAAAAGCAAUGAAUGUAACAGGGUUUUCGGAAGAACAACAAAAUGCUGUGUUUUCAAUUGUGGCUUCCGUUCUGCACUUAGGUAAUGUAGGUUUUUUAGAAGAGGAAGGUCAAGCAGUUUUAGCAAAUGAAAAACCCAUUAAUGCUAUUUCAGAGCUUUUAGGUUGUUGUUCUGCUUCAUUAAUGGAUGCUGUUGUUAACAGAACUAUAGAAGCCAAAGGUGAAUUGCUUAGAACACCUUUGAAUAGAGAUCAAGCAAUCUAUGCAAGGGAUGCGCUAGCAAAAGCCUUGUAUGAGCGACUCUUUACUUGGUUGGUAGCAAAGUUGAACUCAUCUCUGAAAUCAUCUAAAAAAACAAGAAAGUCUUUGAUGGGAUUGUUAGAUAUAUAUGGUUUCGAAAUAUUCGAAAAAAACAGCUUUGAGCAAUUUUGUAUCAACUACUGUAAUGAAAAGUUGCAGCAAUUGUUUAUCGAACUUACAUUGAAAUCUGAACAAGAAGAAUAUGAAAAAGAAGGAAUUGAAUGGGAACCUGUGGAAUACUUCAAUAAUAAAAUAAUUUGUGAUCUUGUUGAAGAACGCCACAAAGGAAUAAUACCAAUUUUGGAUGAAGAAUGUUUGAGGCCUGGUGAUGCUAAUGAUUCAACUUUCUUGCGGAAACUGGAAUGUGGAGUUGGAAAGCAUCCACAUUUCCUAUCACACAACACUACUAAUGGGAAAUUAAGAAAAAGUUUAAGUCGAGAUGAAUUCCGCUUGGUUCAUUAUGCAGGAGAAGUUACAUACAAUGUCAGUGGUUUUAUGGAUAAAAACAAUGACUCCCUCUUCAGAGAUUUAAAGAAGGUGAUGACAGAGUCCAAGAAUGAAAUUGUAAUGAAGACAUUUAGAACUGAGGAAAUCUCGGAUAAAAAAAGACCUGUUACUGCUGCUACUCAGUUUAAAACAAGUUUAUCUCUAUUAAUGAACAUUUUAAUGUCUAAAGAGCCUUGGUACAUUCGAUGUAUUAAGCCAAAUGACCAGAAGCGUUCAGGGUUUUUCGACAAGAAUAUUGUAUCUCACCAAGUGAAGUACUUGGGUCUGAUGGAAAACGUGAGAGUUAGAAGAGCAGGCUUUGCAUACAAGAAGAAGUAUGAAGAAUUUCUCAAAAGAUACAAAUGUCUUUGUCCUGAUACAUGGCCUGUUUAUCAUGGUAAUGCCAAGGAAGGAGUGCAGUUACUCAUAAAACAUUUGAAGUACAAAGCAGAUGACUAUGCUUUUGGAGAAUCAAAAAUAUUUAUUCGAUUCCCAAAAACUCUAUUUUGGACCGAAGAUGAGUUCCAGAAAUUUAAGCAUAAACUAGCUACUAUCAUUCAGGCCAAAUUUAGGUGCUAUAUUCAGAGAAAGAAGUACUUAAGUAUGCAAAAAUCUGCAACUUUCAUUUCCUGUUAUUGGCGAGGUCACUUAGCUAGAGAAUAUAUGAAAAGAAGAAAAUGGGCUGCCACAGUUAUAAGAAAGUUUAUUAAAGGAUUCAUUCUUCGAAAUGAAGCUGAAAAUGAGUUCAAUAAAUUCUUUUUGUGGAAUGUGAAAGCGGAAUUUUUAAAGCGUUUAUCCCGGAACCUACCAUCCUCAGUUUUGGAUUCAUCUUGGCCACCAGCUCCAAAUCACUGCGCAGAGGCUUCAUCCUAUCUGAGAAAAUUGCAUAGAAUUUGGUUAGUUCGAAUAUAUGUGAAACAAUUAACUCAAGCAAAGAAAAUUCAGUUGCAGCAGAAAGCCUUUGCUGAAGAUUUGUUUAAAGGUCAAAAUCUAAUGAAAUGCAACUACAAACAGAGUGUACCUAUGCUGUUUGAAAGUAAUAGAUUAAAUGAAAAGUUACAAGAAAAGGUUCUUAAAGUGAUACACAACGUUAAAUCGGAUGAAGAAAAAUUUGUGUACUUUUUGCAAGUUCAUAAGUAUGACAGGCAUGGAUACAAGUGUAGAUCCAGGAUAGUUAUUAUCACUACUUGUACAUUUUAUUUACUGGAUGGAAAUAACUUGAAGCUGAAAGAGCAAGUUCUUUUUGAUAAGUUUAAAGAAAUUUUGGUGAGCCAGAAUUCAGAUGGAUUUAUAAUACUGAAAUUUGACUGCCCCAGUGCCAAAGAUAAAGUGUUAGUUUUGGACAGCAAGCAAUAUGUUUUCGAAUUUAUUACUAAGCUGAUAAUGGCUUGUAAUAAAAAAGAUCUAUUCAGAGUUACAGGAGAAAUUAUGAUACCGUUGGGUAUUAAUGAUGGGUAAAAAAGCAGUGGAAUUCACAGUAUCCAACAAAAUUAGUGAAGUAACCAUAAGUGCAAAGUAUGGUAAAUUAUUAAUUGUUUCCCCAACAGAGCCGGAUCUUAAAAACAAUUCUACGAAAAACAAGGUUUUACAUUCUUGAUGAGUGUUGAGCAAUAAGUGCUGUUGAACAGCGCAUUUGAGAUGCAUUUUAAAAAUUUUAACUGAAGUUGAUGCAUUUGCCAAAUUCUAGUCUGUUAUGAAGUGCCUUCCAUAAUUUGACAACAUUUAAAAUGCAUAUAUAAAUAACCAAUCCACUGAGAAAAAAAUGCAUUUAUUGAUUACUAAAAGAAGAUAAAUGUGGCCAUUAGUUGUAAAAUAGUUUAAAUGUAGAAUAUGUGCCAUAUUUAUUAUUUUUAAAAGAAUUACAGUAAAAUGCUUUGCAUAUACUGAUCUGUACAUAUUUUUUAUACAAGAGAUUGUGAAAUAACAAUUUAAAAUUGUUUCAUGUUUACUCUGGUGUUGAUGCCGGUUAUUAAACAUAAGUGCUUGAAGUGUGCCUUGGUGAAAAGUGCCUUUUAAAAGAGCAUUUCCAUGAUAGAAAUGAUACAAUGAACUGAACAAAACAAAUUGUAUUUAGCAAUUUAUUUUAUAGCAUUUUAUCAUGAAUUUUUUUAAUAAAUAUCUGACUUUGAUCAUUAAAAAGAGAACAUGUUCUUGGCCUUUUUUUGACAGACAUUUUUAUAGAGUCAAUUAUUUACUUAUUGUGACUAUCAAAGUAUGUCUUAAUAUGCCAACCUAUUGUACUCUUUUGGCUUUUGGAACUUAUGCUCUGAGACAGCAAGGCUAAGUAAAGGUUACCAGGGGUCUGUCCAGGAUUUUUCACAGGGUCCGUUUUUUGUGAAAAAUAAAAUAAUUUUGUGAAAAAUCAAUUAUUUUUGUGAAGAAUCAAAUAGUUUAAAAAAAAUUUUUUUUUCUUUUUUUUCUUGUAAAAACGAGAAAGUUUAGACUCUUGAGAUGGUGGAAGUUGAGUGUUUUCUCUCUUUUCUGUUGAGAAUAUCAUUCUUGAGUGUUUUUCUAGUAUUUGGGGAGAGGCAUCGCUCCCUGGGAGAUGCCCACCCCUCAAGUAUCAAUAUUUAUCUACCAUUCUACAUCAUGUUAAAUUAUACUAGAAAUGUUUUUUGUAUAGUAUUUAAAAUAACUGUGAGAAAAAAAAAUUAGGCAGGGGUUCAGCAUUUAGCUUUUUAACCCAAGACACUGUUUAGAGCACAGAGUUUCGUUCAAACCUUAUAAACUCUGUGAUUUUCACAAAAAUAAAAAAAUAUUUUAUUUAUUUACCUCUUAAACAUCGAAAAUUCGAAAAAUCAGAUUUCCACAGCGGAUGCAAAGAGAUUGCAAUCCUCAAAGUGAAGGAAUCAAAGGUAUAAAAACGGCUUGUAAAAUAAAUAUUUUUGAUAAAAUUACUUUUGAAUUGCAUUUUAUAGUCCUAUGAUAAACAUAUCAUUAAUAUCUGGACACAGUUGAAGCAAAAAUAAAUAAAUAAAAUAAAAAAUAAACCAUCGAUUCAGCAUUUUAAUUGUUGACUCAUAAAAGAAAAUGGAAUUCCCCUUUAAAAACUUGAAAUAAGCUUUGUUACAAAAAUAAAGAGACUUUUCAUUUAUUUGCAUCCUAAUAAAGCGAAGUUAGCUUGAAAAAAGAAUAAAAUAUGAUUAUCAUAUCGGAUAUAAAAAGAUUGCGUUUUUCAAAAUGUAGGCAUCUAUAGAAAAAAUAACGGUAAAUAAAAGUUUAUUUAAAGUUAUUUAUCCUUUUUAGUAUCGAAAAACCAAACCCAUAUAACUUUCUCCCAAAAUAACAGUUUAACAUCGCACCACCAGACACUAAGUGGCGAUUAGUUUGAAUUUUGUAACUCUAUCUGAAGCGAUCACAUCCGCCCCACCCAUACUAUCCUUUGCAGUUCUAAAUUCAUUUCGCUGUAUAUUAUUGAUGAUUAAAUCAUGAGUGGGGAGAAAAGUGCUUACUACGCCUAUUCAGAGAAUGUUGACGCUUUUCCAAAGAAGUUUACAACAACACCGCUGCAUAAAACAAACAAGUAAAAUUAUAAACCAAACUGACUUUCAGCUGUUAAUUUCUUUCCAAAAAACCAAUAACAGGCAUUACAUUUAUUUGACGGUAGUAAUUAUUUAUGGCUUGCAGGAGCAUCACAAGAGUGCCGAUUUUUUUUUUCUUUUGCAAAAUUAGCUGAUUUUGUAUAAGUUGAUUCCUCUAAUUUAACUUUAAACAUGCUGUAUUAUUUUAAUUUGAGAUUUGCUCUUUCAAUAAACAAUUUGUGAAAGAUCCGUUUUUGUUUACCAGAAUUUUGUGAAGGGUCCGUUUUGGUUGAUCGGAUUUUUGUGAAAGGUCCGUUUUGGUUGAUCAGAUUUUUGUGAAAGGUCUGUUUUGGUUGAUUGGAUUUUUGUGAAGGGUCCGUUAACGGAACCAAAUUUGCUCUGGCCAGACCCCUGGUUACCUCAAAAAUGUGCUUUGAAAUGAAUUAUUUAAUUUGAAUUCAAUUAUGUAGAAGAAAAAAAAAACUGUUGAAACAUCAAAAGUACUAAGGUUUAAUUGGAAGUGUUUUAUUAGUGACAAGAAGAUAACUGUUUUGAAACUUAAUUAUGUUAAGGAAUCUAUUGUUGAAGAAAUUUCAUUUUAUUAUUUAAUCAUUCAUUUAAGUGAUUUUUGCAUUGCUGCAUAGUUUUUGAUGAACUUAAUCAGUAUAUUUUUUCCCAUAUAAUCAAAAGGAAAUAUUGAGGGGUGAGGAAUGCUGCAUAUGCAGUGUUCAUACAUUUUUAAAAGUCACAUUAAAAUGAAAUAGCAGUGCUAUAUCUACUCAAAAAGUUGAAUCAGACAUAAAUUGGGGAUAACUUUGUCAGAAAGAGUUCCAUAGCAAAAACAAUUUUAGGAAUUGUUUAGGAUUUAGAAAGGAAGGGCUGAUAUAUUUAGUAAUUCUAACAUGAUUUCCGAAAUUUUAGAGUGAGGGAACUUUAGACACGUGAAAUACAAUUAAAAUAAAUUUCCUUAGAGCUACUUGCAACAUUUUUUGCAUAACAUUACCCAAGUACUAUAAUUUCCCCAUUUUCAGUACUCUUAUCACAAACUUAAAUGUUCUUAACCAAAUUUUUAGGUCAAUUUCCUAAUUAAAAUCUUCCUAAAAAAAUUUGUUUCGAUUUUUAUGAGUUGUCUUGAAUCACCUUGGAUGCAACUGGAUUGAUAAAGGAUUGAGUUUCUAAAUACAUGGCUUCUGCCUUAAUUUUCCAUGACUCACGAUGCAAUUUUACCAGAAAAACAUUUUUCACUACAACAUCUAAACUAAUGUUGUAAAAAUAAAAUUUCAACAAUUUCUUCUGUGCUUGAAAAAAAUCCCAAAUUUGUGUAACUUGCAUCAUUUUGAAAAUUGAAGAAUUUUACAAAUUAAAAUUCCCUGAUUUCCAUAUUCUAUUACUAUCUUAAAUAUCCUGAAUUCUUUUGACCAAAUUUUGUUUCUUCAUUAAAACGCUGGUAAAAUUUGAUUGAAUUACUGGUUAAAUUACUUUUGACUCCCUUGAAUCAGCUUUGAUGCAAAUGAAAUGAGAUUUUCAAAGGUUGCAAAAUUAGAAGUGAACUAGUUGUCAAUUACACACUAAGAUAAAGAAAAGUUUAAAAUAAUGCUAAACACAAUUUUUAUUGUCUAUGAGAUAGAAUUAAAUAAGAGAAAAAAAGAGUUGGUUUUAUAGAAGCAGUUGAGGUCUGAUUUCAAAAUGCAUUAAAAAAAAUCAGAAUGGCAAAAAAAAAA